AUGAAGAUCUCUCUCCUUCACCCAUCAAAAUUCAUGUCAUUACUCUCCUUCUUCUUCAUUUUCUUACUCAUCAAAACCCUAAAUGCACAACCAACGUAUCUCCUCAGCUACUGCUACAAAUCCGGCAACUACACGGCGAACAGCCCGUACAAAUCCAAUCUAAAUUCUCUCAUGUCCGUUCUUCGUUCUCAAUCAUCCAACAAAGGUUUCUACAGCUAUGCAUCUGGUUCUUCUCAGACCACAACGGUCUAUGGCAUUUAUCUAUGUCGCGGAGACACCUCAUCCUUAACAUGUGAAACAUGCAUCUCAAGAGCUUCCAAAAACGUUCUUAUUGGAUGCCCUGUCCAAAAAGAAGCUAUCAUAUGGUAUGAAGAAUGUUUCGUUAGAUACUCCAACAGUCAGAUUUUCUCCAUUUUUGAUUAUGGACCGUUCGUUACAUGGACGACCUACAAUACCAUGCAGUAUCCAUCUUAUUUCAUUGAUACAGUGGAAUAUCGUAUGGACCGGCUGAUACAAGAAGCCUACUCGAGCUCUUCGUAUUUCGCGGAAGAGACAUAUCAUGUGAGUUUUCUUGGAGAGGUUUAUGAUCUGCACGGAUUGGUACAGUGCACGCCCGCUCUAAAUCAGUACGAUUGCUACAGAUGCUUGAAAUGGGCUUAUAAUGAGACUGAGGAUUGUUGUUAUGGAAAACGUUUUGGCUUGGUUUACUCUACCGAUUGUAUGUUGACGUAUAAAGCCAAUUUAUUGGCGUCACCACCGCCUCCUCCUUCUCCUCCUCCACCUCCGCCACCGCCAUUGAGUCCCUCCAGCAGGAAUGAUAGUCCCGAUUCCGACGAUUCAUUUUCGUUUAAAUUAAAAGGUGAUAACUAA